CUAUACGAUGUCAAUUGUGUAUAAAACUUGGCGGAGCCUGUCAGAGGCCACAUAUAUACACAAGCGGUGUGAGACUGUGAGACAUACGAGUACUCAGUCUCAAUAAACAAUAUACACAGUGCUAACAUGGAUAUUCAACAGGAUUAUGAUACAAUGUCACUUAAAAGCGAAGAGAAAUAUUCCCAGAGAAAGAGUAAGAAACCGAUGAUGGAGAAAAGACGAAGAGCAAGAAUCAACAGUUGUCUGUUGCAACUCAAAGCGCUGGUGCUACAGGCAAUGAAAAAAGAUACUUCUCACUACUCAAAGCUGGAGAAGGCAGACAUCUUGGAGAUGACAGUAAAGCAUCUGCGGACCCUGCAGCGACGACAAAUCACUUCCGCUGUGGCAGCUGACCCCACUGUAGCCGCCAAAUACAAUAUAGGCUUCUCAGAGUGCGCCAAUGAGGUAAUGCGCUACCUUGGAUCAGCACAAGGGAUUAACGAAGAUGUCCGAAACCGUGUGGUCAACCACCUUGGUGGAUGUGUACAGACCGUCAACGCGUCUUCAAUGGCACAUCACAAUCUCCAACCAAUUCAUGUGCAAAUCCCCGCCUCACAAAACGUCGCGAACAACGCACGUGCAAUGUACUCUUCUGAACGUCUGCUUGUUCAGCCAGCCUCUCAGGCACAGAAUGGGUGUUCAUUUCCUAUCCAAACAGCUAUUCCAGUACAAUCACAAUCAAACAGUGGACAAUUUGAACUUGUUCCAGGAAGUGCUUUCAGUGGACCAGUGGCUUUCUGUAUGUCCCCACCCGAGGAUAUUUCAUCAAUGUCGAACAUGUACCCGACAAACUCACUCAAAUCAGAACCACGUGCAGUAAGCAUUAGUCCCGAAUCUCACAAAUUAGACUGUCAAAGGCAGCAAGAACAGGACAUGUACAAAUCCCAUGAAAAGCACGCGCAUUCUCAUUCACACCAGGUAUCAACAUUAUCAUCAAGUCCCGUAUACUCUCCCGCCACAAGUGCUCUCAAGGAAGAACAACUCUGGCGACCCUGGUGAUCAAAGCAUUACUCAUUACGAAUUAUGACCAGUGUUUGACAAUAUAAACUUGUGAACUAAACUGUGAUGCUACUGACUCGAUUUUACGCUAAGUGCCUUCCAGUUAUUCCAGUCACCCACGAUAUAUUUUCAGGAUUACUUGUUUUUUCCGAGUUUUAAACUCAGGACUUUUAAUUGAUAAGUGCUUAUGUGUCUUUCACUAUUAUACAAUUAACGACGAAGCCAAUGGCUUUGAUUAUUGAGGCAGACUGGUAGAUUUAGAUGAAUGUUAUUAGAUUCAUUGACUUCCAGAUACCUUGGUGCAUACAAUGAUUACGAACGAGAUGGUGCUAUAGCGAGUGGUAGCUUAUAUACGGGUAGAGACACAUUGUCUCAACAUUUUUCCAGUCAGUGAUUAUAAUGAAUUAAAAUACAAAUGAAAUGAAAAAA